GCACGCUCACAUCACACACUGUGUAACCUGCAAGAGAAACCAUGGCUGCUUCUUCCUUGUUUCGCUGCAUUCGUAGAGCUUCCUCUGUUCUCAGAUUCUCGUAUGCUGCAUCGUUUUCCGUGUCUCCCAGGUUAGUUGGGAGGACUCAAAUGUCUAUGUGUUCUUCAUUGAGACAUUGCUUUGAGGAUCGAGGUUGUUCUUGGUGGGGUGUUAGAAAUUUGAGUCAUGGCACGAUUAAUCUUGUGAUAAGUGGGGGGAAGACCAAGUUUGAGGCUGAGGAGGUUGAGUCUCCGAAGAAAGAUAAGUAUACGACGAAGAAGAGGCUGAAGAUGCAGAGGAAGAGAGAGAAGGAGAAGAGGAAAGCUGCUAAUAGGAGAGAUCCUCGCCGGCUUGGUGUUAAAGGGAAGAAGAAGAAGAAGUUUGAUAGUCCAGAAGAGAGGAUCAAGUGUAAGAUUGAAAAGGCCAGAGUCAAGGAAGCCAUGCUCAUUGAAAGACUUAAACGAUAUGAAGUUCCUAAAGCUCAGGGUCCUGUUGCAAAACCAGAUGGCUUGACAGGGGAGGAACGGUUUUAUCUGAAGAAAAUGGCUCAGAAAAGUUCUAAUUAUUUACAAGUUGGCAGAAGAGGAUUAUUUGGAGGGGUUAUUCUCAAUAUGCAUAUGCAUUGGAAGAAACACGAGACUGUUAAGUGCAUAUGCAAGCCUUGUAAACCUGGUCAAGUACAUGAGUAUGCACAAGAACUUGCCAGACUGAGUGGUGGUAUUCCGAUUCACAUUAUUGGAGAUGACACUAUAAUAUUUUAUCGCGGAAAGAACUAUGUACAGCCUGAUGUUAUGUCACCAAUAGAUACAUUAUCCAAAAAGAAGGCACUGGAAAAAUCCAAGUAUGAGCAAUCACUUGAGUCAGUGAGGCGCUUCAUUGCUAUUGCUGAGAAAGAAUUAGAACUAUAUUACCGGCACGUUGCUCUUUAUGGUGACCCAAACGACCGUAAUCCGUUGUCAAUGCUGGACAGUCGAAGCAAAAAUUUUGGGCAAAAAGGGAACCAUGGAAUUCAUGAUGGAAGAAAGCUUGAUUUGAGUAGUGAUCAUUUUUCAGCUAAUCUUUCGGAGACAGAAGCAGAUUCCUCGGAGAUGGAGCUAUCAGGAACUGAAGAUAAUUCUGAAAAUGAAGACUUGUCAAUGAAUGAAUCAGAUUCUGAAGAGGAAAGCAUAUCUUAUUCUGAUGAUGAACAAGGAAGAGAGGUAUAUUUUACUAAAAGGCAAGGUGAAAGUAUAUGUUCGACCACAGGUUCAUCUUCAAUGUCUGAACAUAGCCACCGUUAUAAUAAUCAUCAUUUAUCAUCCCGUUAAAUUCCGACUAACUAGAAAUUAGAGAUUAAUUGUACAUUGUUAACAGUAAAUGACCUUGAGUAAAUCAAAUAGUCCUUGGAGGAAAUUGAAAAAUAGUUUUUCUUUU